GAUAUCAGCUUCAGAGAGAGAUAGAAAAGACUCUGGUCUUGGUCUCGAAGCAGCUGAUAGAUAGAGAGAGUCUUGAGAUCGGCUGAUCGAAAUGGCGAGGCAAGGUGUUGCCUCCAUGUUCGCCCUGGCAUUGCUCUUUGGAACCUUCGUCUCCAUCCCCAAAAGCGUGGAGUCCAUCGGGGUGUGCUACGGCAUGAGCGCCAACAACCUGCCGCCGCCGAGCACCGUGGUCGGCAUGUUCAAAUCCAACGGGAUCACCUCCAUGCGUCUUUACGCGCCGGACCAUGCCGCCCUUGAUGCCCUGGGGGGCAGUGGCAUCAACGUCGUCGUCGGGGCGCCCAACGACGUGCUGCCCGCCCUAGCGGGCAGCCAGGCCGCUGCCGCCGCGUGGGUCAGGGACAACAUCCAGGCGCACCCCGCGGUCUCCUUCCGCUACGUCGUCGUGGGCAACGAGGUCGCCGGUGCGCUCACGGCGCACCUCGUCCCGGCCAUGGAGAACAUGCACGCCGCGCUCGCCGCCGCGGGCCUGGGCCACAUCGUGGUGACCACGUCCGUGUCGCAGGCCAUCCUUGGCGUGUACAGCCCUCCUUCCGCGGGGAAGUUCACCACCGAGGCGGACUACUUCAUGCGCUAUGUGAUCCCGUUCCUGGUCCGCACGGGCGCGCCGCUCAUGGCCAACAUCUACCCGUACCUGGCCUGGGCAUGGAAGCCGAGCGCCAUGGACAUGAGGUACGCGCUCUUCACGGCCCCGGGCGUCGUGGUCCAGGACGGUGCCUACGGGUACCAGAACCUGUUCGACACCACGGUGGACGCCUUCUACGCGGCCAUGGCCAGGUACAACGGCGGGUCUAAUGUGAAGCUCGUGGUGUCCGAGAGCGGGUGGCCUUCAGCCGGCGGCGUGGCGGCAUCGCCGGAAAACGCAAGGAUCUACAACCAGUACCUCGUCAAGCACGUCGCCCGCGGCACGCCGCGCCACCCGGGCGCCAUCGAGACGUACAUCUUCUCCAUGUUCAAUGAGGACCAGAAGGAGGAAGGCGUGGAGCAGCAUUGGGGCAUCUUCUACCCCAACAUGCAGCGCGUCUACCCCCUCAGCUUCUGGUAGAGCUAUAGCUAGCCGCCACACGUGCGUGCGCAUACAUACGCAAUUAACAUGUAUGCGCACAUUUAUGUACUGUAUUCUGUAGGGAUUGGUUUCGGCCGCUUAGAGUAUAAACUACUCCCUAUGAUAUAAUAAAAACCAAAUGAGAUUUCCCUUUUUCACUUCUA